AACCGGUUUGUGUGUUGGCUUCCCACGCCGGGGGUCGAAUUUGCAGUGAACGGCGGUGAAUGCUGUCGUACCAGGGGUGCAUGGGUUUUCUUUCCUCCCUUCCCUUCCAUCGAAUGCAGUAAGAGAAAAGUGUAAAGUGUAAAGUGUCAGUGACAGUAACGUUAAACUGGUUACAUCGAACCGUGUGCAUCGCAAGUGAGACUGUGAGACAUUUGAAAGAACGCAUACAGCUACAUCGAUUGGCGUUUUACUCCAUUCGAAACACAGCGACGGCAGCGAACGGCCCUUCCAUUCGAUGACUUCUGCCAUCGCAGCAUGAUUCCCUGCUCGUUGGGUUAAAAUAUUCCAAGCCGCCAGAAGCUGUGUAGGACGUGUCCGAAGUGUAAGCAAGCAAAACUCCGGCUAGACGGAAACACCCUGUUGAAAAAGUGAACCACAAAAGCGCUCGUGUGCUGAAGGGCGCAUUAGCCGACGCCGCCAACAUGGACGAGACCGGGUCGUCCAGCAACGAUCAUCACCACCAGCAGAGCAACGGUGGCGAUGGUGGUGCCUACGCCUACAAGAACGAAAUCUCCCUCUCGAUCGGGGAUGAAGAUCAAAGCUCGCGCACGAACAGUACGGCCGUUCCGACGCCGUCGCCGCGCCACAUCGAGGUACCGAUGGGGGCCGCCGGCCCGGACGCCGAAACCACGAACGAGUACGCACCGGUGCUGAACCGCGGCGGUGGCAGCGGUUCGCCCAGUUCCGCCAAAUCCAACGGGCUGGACAAUCCCGCGUUCGAGCUCGAGCAGGACAAGCGUCCGCUCAGCUCGUUCGGCCAGGGGAAGGACGAAAAGUCGCUCGGCGUCGUGUCGGUCAACGGGAAGCCGGUAGGCGAGAAGCCGCUGGCCGAAGCCGUCAACCUGGAGCUGCUCAACAUGUCCUCGAAGCCGCCAGCAACGAACGGGCACCAUCAGAAUGGGACGCACGGUGGUGCGGGCGCCCUGCCGGCCAAGAAGGAUACCGAGGUCGAUCUGGGCGAUCCGUACGACGAGUACUUUGUGCCGGUAAACGAGCACCGGAAGUUUAUGAGUGUCUCCUUCCAAAAGUCACGCCACGGCGUCGGCCAUCCCGUGUACGGACGUCAGGGUGUCCGCGGUGUCGACUACACCGGGCACUCGGUUAAUGAGCCCGCCCCCGGAACGAUGGACUAUAAACAGUGGACCAAAAUCACGAGGGGUGAAAAACUCUACGUCACGAAGGACAAGCGCGAGAAGAAGCGCAAAAACUGGCCGUUCUGGUUGCUCGGGCUGGCCGUGCUACUGGCCGUCAUCGUGGUCGCCAUCCUGGCCGGUUCCGGCGUGAUCUUCAACGACAGUCCAACCCCCGUCGAGUCGCGCCAGUUCGGCGACAAGGUAGCGUCGGCGGGUGUGUUCGGUGGCGGCAAAACGCGACCAGGAAAUGGAACCACCACCGCCCCAACGACCAGCACCAGCAGCACUGGCAGCGAAUAUCCAACGACUCCUUCGCCCUCUCCGAGCUCCUCGACCCUACCGCCCGUUCCGCCCGCGACCGAGGAGAGCACCGUGUACGUGCCGAACACGCUCGAGGGACAGAUUACGCUCGCCAAUGUGGAGUUUUUGGACGACUACCGCAACCCGAACAGCUCCGCCUACAGGGCGCUCGCGAUGGAGCUAGAGGAAGAGUUGAAGGACACGCUCAGCACACCGGACGCCCGAGGACCGAUCUAUGUGAAGAUUCUGAACAUGAAGCCCGGCUCGGUGGUGGUGGACUACCGUGUCAGCUGGGAACCGAACACGAUGCAGAUGUCCGAGGACACGAUGAAGCACCGGCUGAACAACUUCUUGCAGCAGAACGGCAACUAUCUGUCCACGUACAUCGUGCCGACGAACACGAUCCGUGUGGCGCGAUUGCCGGACGUUUGCGUCAUGAGAAGCUCGGGCAAGAACUGCGAGUAUGGCUGUACGUUCGAUCCAAAGGUUGGUGAUUUCUUGUGCACCUGUCCAAAGGGAAUGCUGUUGAAUGAUGAAGAUGGACGCACGUGCUACACGCCCGUCCCGGCGAUUAAUGGCGUUGAGGAGACACACGAGGAACCAAAGAGUGAACCGGAACCGGCGAGUGAACCGGAACCUGCAAGCGAACCGGAACCGGCGAGUGAACCGGAACCUGCGAGCGAACCGGAACCUGCAAGCGAACCGGAACCUGCAAGCGAACCGGAGCCAGCUAGCGAGCCGGAGCCAGCAAGCGAGCCAGAACCUGCCAGUGAACCUGAGCCUGCUAGUGAACCGGAACCUGCUAGUGAACCUGAGCCUGCUAGUGAACCUGAGCCUGCUAGUGAACCGGAACCUUCUAGUGAACCCGAACCUGCUAGUGAACCGGAACCUGCUAGUGCACCUGAACCUGCUAGUGAACCGGAACCUAAGACUGAACCCGAACCUACUAGUGAGCCCGAACCCGCUAGUGAACCCGAACCUGCUAGUGAACCCGAACCAGCUAGUGAGCCAGAAGCAACGGUGGAACCAGAACCGGAACCGAAGAGCGAACCCGAACCUGAACCUGCUUCGGAGCCGGAAUCAAGUAGCUCAGAUACGUACACGAAAGCAUCGACUAGUGAUCAUUCCGCCAAGUUGAUUAUAUCUACUGAAGCUUCUACCACGGAAACUGAGCCUAAAAGUGAACCGGAACCGACCUCAGAGCCCGAACCUGCGAGUGAACCGGAACCUGCGAGCGAACCGGAACCCACGAGCGAACCGGAACCUUCCAGCGAACCCGAACCGACUAGUGAACCCGAACCAUCCAGCGAACCGGAGCCAGCAAGCGAACCUGAGCCCGCGAGUGAACCCGAACCUACGAGCGAGCCUGAACCCGCAAGUGAACCAGAACCUACUAGCGAACCAGAACCUUCCUCCAGUAUCGACGCCGACCACAAAUCGACCGAGUCGUCCACCGGUAAACUACUGCAACAAGUGAUUGUAUCCACUACGGAACGUGAAACAACCAUCCCAACCACAACUACCACCAGCGGUCAACGUUCGUCCACAUCGCCUUUGGUCCCCUCAACGACGGAUGAUGAUUCGCAACUGCCCGACUUCAUGUUUGUGGACCAAGAAUCAAUGCUCAAACACUCCAGCACCAUCGAAAGCUCCACCCCGAACGUCAUCGUAACGGUAACGGAACAGAGCGGAAAGGAUGAUACACCCGCACCCGUCACCGAAACGAUCGUGGACGACACACCGAUGCCAUCCACGUCCAGCUUCUUCGUCCCACCAAAACCGACCACUCCGGCCACUCCGGCCGGAUCUUCCUCCACCACGGUGGUGAACGGAUUCGAGGGACGUUCGCUGUCCUCGAACGAUACGGCUGACAACACCGUGUACGCUACGUCCAGCCCGAUCUCCCUCGAACAGUGGCGCUCGUCGACAAGCUUCGCCACCUCGACGGAAGCGUUCGGGCGCGAUUCGGAGGUACAGGACGAAACGAACCCCUUCCUACCGUCGAUCGAAAGCUCGAGCGCACGUAGCGCACCUGGAGCUGGCUCGUACGCGGUGACGGAAACGGUAGUGGAGGCGGAAACAACCGCACCGAUUCUGGCCGGCCACAAUGAGUCCCCGUUCCUGCCGGAGACGGAAAACAACGCAAGCCUGGUGAAGAUACUGCACGAGGGGUUGGAUCGGCACGAGGGCUAUGAGAUCGAGACGCAGCCCCAGUACCUGGAGGUGGUGCCGCUGGCGAAGGACGGCGAUCGGACCGACUACAAGAAGCAGCUGAAUGCGCACGUCACCGAGACGAUCUACAUUACGACGACGAUCCGCAGCCCGGUGCCGGUCACUACGGAGUCGCUCGAGGAGCUGCUGUCGGUCGCCAGCUCGAAGAACAUCGUCGAGCAGACGACGAGCAGCGGUGAAGAGAUGGUGGCCACCAGUACGGAGCGAGAGAUGGAAGAGCCAACGACUAUGAUGGAACAACGAACGGCGAAGGAGGCGUCGAAGAGUGCGACUACUGCUAGCGACAACUCUACGAUGGCUGAAACAGCGCCGAGUGCAGGAGCUUCCUCCACCACGGACCAGCUGGUCGGAAGUGUGACGGAAGCGAUGCUGACGGAAACAAGCAACAUGGACGAUAGUACGGAGAUGGUGAUGCAAACAACAACCACUAACGGGGAUGCGGACCAACUAGCAAUGACCACUCCUGAAGAGGAGCAAACCACACUGCUGAAGGCGAUCGAUGCGAGUGAGAAGCUCCAAAACCAAGCCGAUGAAACUACUCCCAGCAGCAGUAGUACAUCGUCGUCGACAACCACCAGCACCACCACCACAACGACGACGACCACGACGACGACAGCAGCCAGCACCACUACGACAACGGUAGCAGCUGCCACCAACCCACCUCCCUCGGUGGUAACGGAAGCCCUGGACCCCAUUACCGCGAUCGAGAAAGAUCUGAUCAGCCUGAAGGAGAACGAUCUUGCCGACGAAAACAACCUACUGGACAACGAUCUGCGCGUCAUACCGCUGAACUGGAAGAAAGAUGCCUCCACCACCACCACCGAGCGGGUCACCGUGGAGUCAGGAUCGCCGGCCUCCUCGACCGAAUCCUCUGCCACCCUCAUCCCAACCACGACGACCGGUCAUUUUUUAGACGAAACGACGUUUCAUUUGAUUAGAUCAGAGCGAUCAAAUGGAACGUCGUUAAUCGGAACGCGCUUUUCUGAGGAGAACGAAACGGCUAGCGAACCCGCGCCGGCAAUAGUAGCGAGCAGCAGCAGCAGCAGCACGCCGCCUGCUCCCGAAGACACCCGCAUGGAAACACUGCUGCUCGAGCGUGCCAGCACCAUGUUCACCAAGUGUGCGGUCGGGCAGUUCGAGUGCAUCAACGGCACCUCGAUCAAGGACGGCAGCUCGUGCAUACAGAAGGCGGAACGGUGCGACUCCGUGUCGCACUGUUCGGACAACUCGGACGAGCAGGACUGCGAGCGGCUCGGCUGCCCGGGCCACUUCCAGUGCCAGGAUGGUGUGUGCCUUGCCCGGCAGCACGUGUGCGACGGCAUUGCCCACUGUCACGACGGGUCGGACGAGCAGGGCUGCGGCGAGUGGCGCUGCAACUUUGACGAGCUGUCGUGCAAUCCGGCCACCGGCAAUGGGCCGUGCCUGCCGGCGCUGUGGAAGUGUGACGGGCUGGAGCAGUGUGCGAACGGGUUCGACGAGAGCAACUGCCCGGACACGUGCACCAACGAUGAGUACUUCUGUGCCGGGCAGCGCAAAUGCAUACCGGAGGCGUGGCGCUGCGACGGUGCGAUCGAUUGCAGCGACGGCGAGGACGAGCGGUUGUGCGAUUGCCCGCUGGACAGCUUCAAGUGCCACACUGGGGGGUGUGUGGUGGGUGCGUACGUUUGCGACGGGCAUGCGCAGUGCCCGGACGGGUCGGAUGAGUGGCACUGCUAUCAGCUGGAUCGGGCCGAUGGUGGGUUGCGCGUGAAGCGCAACUCCUCCGAAGCGCUGGCCGUUUGUGGGGACGGAUGGAACGGGGCGCUGGCGGAUAUGGUGUGUGCCGAGCUGGGGUAUGCCGGGGCUAGCAAGAUCCUGUUCACGAAGGUGGGCGGCGGCGGCGUCAGCACCGCCAACGGUUCGUUGGUGGACAGUAUGUACCGGGUGACGGAGAAGAACCGGCUCGAGUUUGAACCGAUCCACUCGAUGGAGUGCAACCAGGGUUUACAGCUGUACUGUGAGGAAUAUCGCUGCGGUCGGGAGCGCAUCCAGCCCACGUUGGAGCAGCGUAUCGCGGGCGGUGUUGCCUCCGAUCCGAACCAGUGGCCCAGCCUGGCGCUAGCGUUCAGCAACAAUGCCGCCAUCAAGUGUACCGCCAGCAUCGUUUCUCCACGGUGGGCACUGGCCAGCUACACCUGCAUCAUGGGCAAGACGGAGUUCGUCAACAACCGAAACGUGGGUGACAUGAGCUGGAAGCUGUUUGCCGGCAGUGCGCUGUUUAAUGCCUCGCUUGAAGAUACGGCCGCGGCUGCCGCGGACGCUACCUACCAGAUUGUGGACGUGAAGCGUGUUGUGCCCUAUCCACAGUCCAAGUACAAACAGUUCAUGUACACCGGCGAUGUCGCACUGCUGGAACUGUCCGCCCCGCUCAAGCUGAACGAUAUGGUGGGCAGCGUGUGUUUGGCGGAGGCGGCCAGCAUCGAUUCGGAGCAGCUCUGCCUAACGGCCGGCUGGGGAUCCGAUCUCGAGAGUACGGCCACGACGGAGCAGUACCUCAAGUAUCUGCCCGUACCGACGGUCCCAACGGAGCGGUGCAACUCCUCCAUCCACUACAACGGCGUACUGCCGGAGAAUGCGAUCUGUGCCGGGUUCCUGAACAGCAACAAAACGACCUGCUACAACGACGAGGGUGCUCCACUGAUGUGCUACCUGGACGGGUCCGGCCAGUGGCAGCUGGAAGGCAUACUGAGCUACCACGGCAACUGUGGCAAGCGACCGCAUCCGGCCAUCUACAAUUCGAUUACCUCAAACAUUUCCACCUGGAUACGCAACACCGUCGGGAAUGAUCUAAUGUUCGAACGCGUUACCACCUCCGUAACGGUUGGCAUUGAUGCGACGUCACCAGCGGACGCUGCUGAUAGUACCGGCACGAGUACUACCACUACUACCACCACUACUACCACCGCUUCUACUUUUACUUCUUCUGCUGGCAGUGAUACCUCCUCAAGCGAAGGAACUGCGGAGAAAAUGGCAGCAGCUCCUGCUGGCCGAAGCGAAGAUAGUGGCAGCCCUGCAACCACUACUACUUCCAUCGAUCGGUAAUCGAGGAGCCGAGACACACGCCACAGCUCCAUGUGUCUGUAGCGCAGCUGUAGAGUAGUAAUAGCAGCCGCAGCAGCAGCAGCAGCAGCAGUAAUAGUAGUAGUAAUCGACGUACUCUCACGAGCACGUUUUGUACAUAAUGUCUACCAGUUAAAUAGCAUUGGGGGGGGUUAAUGGGGAGGGAUUUUAUUGAAGUGAAUGGAGUGGAGUGAGAUGGGGUAGAUGCAUAAUUUUGGAAAAAUCUCAUACAACAAGUAUAGCUGAUGGCACCGUGCGCGUUUGUUUAUGUGAGAAGAGCACAGUGAGAGAUAUAAGAGAAAAAGCGUUGAUAAAAAAAGAAAAAUAUGCAGAAGAGAGUAAGAGAGAGAGAGAGAGAGAGAGAGAGAGAGAGAGAGAGAGAGAGAGAGAGAGAGAGAGAGAGCGAAGGAAAGAGAGGCAGGGGUAAUCCUAGUCACAAAAGUUGAAUAUUUUGUGCCAAUAAUUUGAACGCUGCAUAUAACUGGUAUAAGGGAAAAGGAUGUUAGAGAAAGGUGUGUGUUUUUUGUGUACAAUAUCGCCCAGCCGAGUUAUUACACCCAAUGCACAUACGGAACACGAGACCGAACGGAAAAAAGAAGUUCAGAAACGAAUGCAAGCAGAAAGUAAUUAAGACAAUAACAACUCACACCGACACACAACAUACGGGGCUUGUUCUUGGAAGAGAAAGAGAGACCAACAAAAUUCCGUAGAAUCACUCAACAAAUCUGUAUAGAGCGGAUCAUUUUCUACCGGUGGCAAAAACGGAUAGUUACCACCACCCAGCCACUACCGCCCACGCACGAAAAUAUCGAACUUGGAGUACGAUGCAUACAUUUUCUCCUAUUACGUACGACAUACAUGCAUAGAAGGUUCCGUUUGCGCAACCUUCCGUUUACGCAUAUACGCAUCAAAAGGCACGCGCGUGUGUACGACGACCAUUCCCCGCGCACAACAGCAACCACGCGGGAAGGCGUUGUUUUGUUUUCUUUUUGCAAUACUGUGUUUUAAAAUACAUUUAAUUUGCGGUUUUUUUGUGUAUAGUCAACCAAUAUCAGCAGCAGCAGUAGCAGGAGAAGCAGUGCAGUGUCGGUGUUGAUCCGGUUGCUCUAGCAGCAGCAGCAAACACGGCACAACACGCUGGGGAAUGGCGACAAGUUAGUAGAGAGAUCGUACAGUUUUUGUAUGUAAAAGCAAUAAACAAUAUAUAGAAGAUACAAAAUAA